GGUGGAAGUGGACGCGCAGCUUGAGAGGGACGAGUCGCCAUCUUGAGCCUGCUUAGCAUUUUCUCCUUCGAGGAUGUUGUGGGGACUUAGUGGCACAUGACAGCCGUGGGCUCGGGGUGACUAUGGUGGCUCCUCAACGCUGGGGUGGCAUAAGGUGUGGCAAAAUGGCUGAGGAGCUUCUCUCCCUGAAGUGGAACAACCACCAGGCACACUUUGUGGACAUCCUCACAUUCCUGCGGGAACAGGAAAUCUUUGUGGAUGCCACAUUGGCCUGUGGUGGGAAGCUAUAUGCAGCUCACAAGUUUGUGCUAAGUACCUGUAGUGACUAUUUUAAGCAGAUGUUUACCAAAAACCCGAGUAAACAUCCAAUAGUGUUCAUGAAAGAUGUGACGUCACGUGAUCUCGAAGCUCUACUGGACUUUAUGUAUAAUGGCGAAGUGAAUGUUCCUCAAUCUAGUCUAGGAUCUCUUAUAAAAACUGCAGAAGGACUACAAAUAAAAGGUUUAGCUGUGCCUGAUGAUCCACCUGCUCCUAAAAGAGACAGGGACAGAGAGAGAGAAAAGAGAGAGAACAGAAGUCAGUUGGACCACCACAGCCCCCCUGCCAAGAGACCGCGACCUAGAGAGCGAUCGCCCCCUCAGUCCUCCCCCUCACAGUCCCAAGCCACCCAACCAUCCUCGCACCCUCCGGCCGCCACGCAGCUAUCCAGAUCUCGCUCCCCACAACCCCCCGCCACUUCUGGGUCCUCCCAGGUGGGCAUGCCCCCUGUUGAGGCGACUCUGGAUGAGGACAGCAGAACCAGCAUACAGAGUGGUCUCAGCGGCCUCAGUGAACAGAACGCCAGCACAACACCUAGUCUAAGUGCCAAGCCGGGUGGGGGCAACUGUCAGCAGCAGCAGCAGCAAGCCAAUGCUGGUGAUGGUGCGACUUCCCAAGUUGACGCCCUCGCCCACGGCCACAGUGGGGAGGAGCCUUCACCUGGUCCCUCUGGCCUGCACAAACAACAACAGUCAAAAGAAGAGCCAGAAUUUGAAAUAAAGCAGGAAGAUGUGGUGGACCUAGGUGAAGAUGAUGAAGGGGACUGGGGUGUGGAGGGGGAUGGGGGAGGGGGGGAAUCCUCCUUGGGGACGGAAAACCCCCCCAAUUUUCCUGAAGUAAUGUUACCUCACAGCGACGGCACCAUGCCAGCCACCGGUGACCCUGCAAUGAGCGUGUUGUUUGACUCCCUUACCAACCUGCACUCGUCGCUCGGCUUUGGCUCGCUGCCCGCACCCUCCACCACACCCACCGGCGACCCCUUCCGCCCCUACGCUUGUCACAUUUGCGGCAAACGCUUCAAGCUUAACCAUCACCUCAAACAGCACAGCCGCAUUCACACCGGAGAGCGGCCCUUUGCGUGUAACCUGUGCGGCAAGACCUUCACUCAGCAGAGCAGCUACCACUACCACAUGAAGAAAAAGUUGUGUGGGCCUCACCCCAGCACCCCCGGCACCCCUGGCACCCCAGAGGCACCCAGCGUGGCCUCUCCCAUGGCGUGCGGAGUGCCUCCCAAGGCGACACACCAGACUGGGAUGGACGUUGGCAUGGGCGGGAUGGGCGGCGGGCUGCUUCCCGACUUGAGCCCGCACGGCAUGUCAGGGGUGUCCUCCAGCAUGUCUUGCGCCGGUAUUCCCUCUGAGGUCAUGAAUGCCUUCGUCUCCCUUACAAACUCCGCGGAAUCUGCACUAGGCGUGGGCGGGGACCUCUCCACCCAUCCCUCUGUCACUCACACUUGAGCUGGGGGCGCCGGCCCCUUCACCAGCUGGUUAACCAGAUGGUGACGUGACUGGUUACCAGCAAGUAUUGCAAUCUUUUGGAGAGACAGAGAGAGGAUGAACACUGAGUGGAAACACUUUCAUUAUUGCAUAACACUGAGGACUUUUAUUGUGAGAGGGCGUCUUGAUCCUCGCGAGACUGUUCUGUAAAGUGAAGGUGGGCUUUCUUGUCCCCAGGGUUGGGAGGUGAGUGAGCGGCCCGCGGAGGGCGUGGUGGCGGCGUGGUUGAUGGGGGCGCCCAUUCCCAUGCGGGGCCGUGGCGGGGCGGAUCCGUCCGCCCCGAAACACCACUGCUGCCCGUACUGCACUAAACAGUUUCGCAGGAAGGACCACCUGACGCAGCACGUCCGUAUCCACACGGGCGAGAAGCCGUACCGGUGUGAGCGGUGCGGCCGAGGCUUCAACCAGAAGAGUCCGCUGAUGUAUCACCUGAGCAUCUGCCGCUAGCACCCCGCGGGUGUCAUGCAGGGGGUGGAGCUCAGAGGGCGUGGAGGAACGUUAGAGCGCAGCGGAGCAGCUAGUGGGGACGGGCGGGCAGGGAGGACAUCGCCGCCGCCGCCGCCGCCGCCGCCGCGGUCUAGCACGUGUAGUGAACCCAUAAAUUCCCGCUUUGUUACUGUUAACUUUUGAGUGUUGCUCUUGUUAUCCUCUCCCUUCCCCCCCUCCCCUGCCUUGUGAUAAUGACUAUUGUAACUAGGUACUAGGUUAAGGUGAGGAGAACGAGGGUGUGUGACGAGGCUUUGCCAUGUGUUACAGGCUGGUGGUGGUGGUGGUGGUGGUGGCUUGGGUAGGAUGGCGGCGAAGAUGCCGUCGCAUCUGUGGCUGACAGGGGGGUCUUGCCUGACGGUCCGGGCGGCGCCCAUGCCUCAGCAGCAGCAUCACCACCACCAGCAGGCGCUGCCCGACCCUCGCCCUUAUGCUUGCACCUACUGUGGGCGCCGCUUCAAGCGCUCCGACCACCGGCGCCAACACGAGCGUCUGCACACGGGUGAGAAGCCAUACGGGUGCCCGCGCUGCGGCGCCAAGUUCGCCCAGCAGAGCGGCCUCCACUACCACAAGCUAAACGCCUGCCGCGAGGACCACCACAGAUAGUCCAGCCGCGCCCUGCCGCUCCGGUCCCGCCAGCACCCCGGCGGUCAUCACAUACCUGUCUAGCUGUCGUUGUGUGAGUGUUGAUGUGUAGGUCUUGUAGUGGACGUAGUGGAUCAAGGCACGCCUCCUGCCCGCCCAUUCAUGGCAGGGGGCGUCGCCCUGAGUCCCGGCGAGACCCACGAAUGGGAGGACUGUGCGAAUCUCUGUCUUGAUGUUGAGAAGACUUCAGAUAACUGAACCAAAGAUCCUGAACAUGUGUGUAGACCAAGACAAUUACGCGCUCACCUUUUGUAUUCAGUAUUACUAGUUUGUGGUGUCUGUGUUGAGGGGAACAGGGGAGGGAAUGCAAGGCUGAGGCGUGACAGUGGCCACUCGAGGUAGGGGGAGUGGAGGCUGUGUGGAUGAGUAGUGACUCUCUCGCUCUCUCUCUCCUCCUCCUCCUCGUAGGGCCUCCGCCUCGGCCGUGCUAUGAGGGGCCCCGGUGGGUGGGUGUCCUGGGUGUCGCGCGGAGGAGUAACGUUCCACCUCUUAUCUGUUGCAGAG